CUUUCUGGGACCCUGCAAGCUGCACCCUUUCUUUUGGACUGCGGCAAUAUUUAAAGGCUCUGAAAGUGGGAUUCUUUGUUUCUUACUAUUCCAAGACAUUUACAUAUUCUUGGUUUGAUUUAUAAUAAUCAUUAUGUCCGAAAAAACCGCCCCAGCAGCUGAGACGGUGGUCUCAGUUCUAGCAGUCACCGAGAAGAAGAGACCAGAGAAGCCUGAUGAUGCCGCCUUUGAGGCAGCAAAGGAGAAGGCGAAGAAGGAGCACAAGGUUGCCCAGGAUAAGUUUAACGCUGCCAAAGCAAAGUUAGAGCUCGCCCAGCCAAAGAACAAGGAUGGCACCCCAUCUGCUACCCAGAAGAGACGCCAAGAGCUCCAGACGAAGCUCAACGAGAUCAGAAAGGAGCAGGCCGGCGGCAAAGCUGGCCGUAACCAAGUCUUUGACCAGAUCAAGAAGCUCGAUGAGCAAUUGAAGAGCAGAAUUGCCGAACAAAAGGCUGCACGCAGCCGCGUUGCAUUCAAGAAUGUUGAUGAGAUCGAUCGCCAGAUUGAUCACCUCGAGAAGCAGGUCAACGGGGGCAUGAUGAAGCUGGUGGACGAGAAGAAGGCAUUGACCGAGGUCUCUUCGCUCCGCAAGCAACGCAAGAACUUCGCUGGCUUUGAGGACUCGCAAAAGGGAAUCGACGAUGUUAAGGCCAAGAUCAAGGUUCUCAGGGACUCGCUCGACGACCCAGUGGCCAAGGCCCGCAGCGACGAGUACAACAAAAUCCAAGCCGAAUUAGACGUUAUCAAGGCCGAGCAAGACGAGGUCUUCAAGAACAUCCACGCCCUCCGCUCCCAGCGCGAGGAUCUCUACAAGGAAUCUCAAGCAAAAUACCAAGCUGUUCGCGCCAUCGAGGAUAACCACUGGAAGGCGAAGAAGGCCUUCCAAUCCCACGAAUACGAGCAACGCCAGAAGACCCGUGAGCGCAUAAAGGCCGAGCAAGAGGCAUUCAACCUGCUAAAGAAGCGUGAGCGUGCCGAGAAGGUCCUUGCUGAGGCCAGCGAGCCCGCCUACCUUGACGAGAUCCGCCGUGCCCAGAGCUUGAUCCAUUACCUUGACCCCAGCACCGCCAACGAGGCCUCCAAGCCCCUUCUCGCACCCAGUGGACUCACCGCCGAGGCACAGCGCACCGUUGACGACUCCGGAAUUAAGGGCAUGAAGGUUGCCAAGAAGGAGGACGAGGAAUACUUCGCUGGAACCGGCGGCAAGAAGGGCAAGAAGGGACGCAAGGCCGCCGCCUCCCCCGCUGCUCCAGCUCCUGGCAAAUUCACCCUCCCACCAGCUGUUUUGGAAGACUGCAGCGCCAUGGGCAUUGAACCCCCAAUGAACGCCGCUGAUGUCCCAGCCGUCCUCGCCAAGGCCCAGGAGAAGCUCGCAUUCUGGAGAGCCGACCAGAAGGCCCAGACCGAGAAGAACGUCGCCAAGGCCCAGAAAGACAUCGAGAAGCUCGACGCCGAGGACUCCGCCCCAGCCACCAACGGCUCCAAGAAGUCCGAGGAGUCCGUCGUCGCCACCGCCAUCGAGACCGUCAAGGACACCGUCGCCGACGUCGCCGAGAAGGUCAAGGCCGUCACCGUCGGCGAGGACAAGGAGUAAACCCCCUUCUCCCGCUCACCACUACCAAACAUGGCAACAUCCCCGUCAUUUUCGCAGUUUCAAAAAAGCAUAGCGUUUUGAUUCAACCCCCGCACCCCUCGAGCAAAGCGCGCCUAUUACACUCAUCAUCAAAAACACCCCCCAUUCAUCCGGUUUUGUUUUCAGCGAGCAUUUUCGGAUCCUUGGGAGAUAUCCCCCACCCUCCCAACCACUCUUGUUGCGAAACUUCAGACUUUUUUAUCCCUUGCAUUGUGUAUACUUUUUAAACGAGGAGAUAUAUUAUUUUGGGCCACAUCCAUAAUUUUCUAGGGUCCGGUCUCGGGUCACGUAUAAAAUAAUGGAAAGAACUGGCUUAUUUCAUGAAUUUCGUAAAAAAAAAAAAAGACGUG